GCGAAAGGCUUGACCAGUACUCCGCGGAGACCCUCCGUAAUGAAUCACCAACAAACACACAGCGAGAUGUAAGUAGUGAACGAAAUCUUGACUUCUCUACAGUGACUCAGGGUCAGCAGUUCGGCAGCUACCAUCAUCUGGGAAGUACUGACCACAAGCGGGCGCUGACUGGACCACAGCCAGACUCCAUGGAUAAGAACAUUAAAGUGACACUGGACAACAGAGACCUGUGGGGCAAGUUCCACAGUUUGGGCACCGAGAUGAUCAUCACUAAAACAGGCAGACGUAUGUUUCCGACCCUGAAGGUGACCCUAGAAGGCCUUGACCCACACGCCAAGUACAUCCUGUUGGUGGACAUCGUACCGGUCGACGACUGCCGCUACAAGUACCACAACGCAGAGUGGGUGGUCACCGGCAAAGCCGAGCCGCACAUGCCGGGCCGGCUGUAUAUCCACCCGGAUUCACCGGCAUCGGGUGGGCACUGGAUGAAGCAGCCGGUGACCUUCCACAAGCUGAAGUUGACCAACAACAACCUCGACCAGAAUGGACAUAUCAUUCUCAACUCUAUGCACAAGUAUCAGUCCCGCCUGCAUGUGGUGCAGGCCAACGACAUCUUCACCAUGAGAUGGAACACCUUCAACACCUACUCGUUCGAGCAGACCACCUUCAUUGCCGUCACUGCCUACCAGAACGAGCAGAUCACUCAGCUGAAGAUUGAUCACAAUCCUUUUGCCAAAGGUUUCAGAGACAAUGGUCUUGGAAGAAAAGACCAUCGAUUGCCUUUGAAACGGCCACCAGACGGAGAUGUGGAUCAACAUAAAG